GGCUGCCACAUUAAAGAAAAAACAAACCGUAAAAUGAUGCAGCUGCAUUCCACAGUGGUUACACAGGGGCAGAGCAUGCAGGGAGAUGGAGGAGAAUCCAGGAUCAGCAUGCUGCUACUAGAAGAGAAUUACUGGCCUUCAGCCACAGGCUAUGAAAACAGUAGCAACAAGUUUUCCGCUAAAUCUGCCCUGGUGGCUCAUAUUCCCCUUUGUGUGAUGGUCUGCCUAGAUAAUCUUCAUCAGUAGGUAUAAGCCCAAGCAACAGGCCAUCUCAGUUACAUCUACAGUUCCAUCAGGAGGAGAGAACGGGUUCUAGAUCAUGAUGAAGUUUGUAGCUUACUUCACCCUCCUCACCUCCGCAGUUCAUGCAGGUGUGCUGAGAAAAAGACAAACUUGUCCCCGGGUUUGUGAUGCUUCUCAGUGCCCUGUGCCGCCACAGGCCUGUUACUAUGGGCAGGUGAAGGAUGGCUGCGGCUGCUGCGUGGUGUGCGCGGCCAGUGAGGGUGAAGUGUGCGGGGACCAGAGCGGUGGUGGCCUCUCUUGCGGUGAUGGGUUGCGGUGCGACUCCGCUCCGGGAGCGGACGGAAAGUUCCACAGCUCGUGCGUGUGCGUCUCCUCCGGCCCAGUGUGCGGCAGCGACGGCAGGACUUACCCCAGCAUCUGCCGCCUGAAAGCCGAGAACAGGAGAGCCGAGCUCGGUGAGACACCCCCAGUUAUUUUGAUCCAGAGGGGUCGGUGUGAUUCAGGAAUGCAACAUCCAGGAAGUAUGCGUUAUAAGUUCAACUUCAUUGCAGAUGUGGUAGAUAAGAUUGUCCCUGCUGUGGUGCAUCUGGAGCUUUUCCAAAGAGUGCCAUUUUCUAACGAAGAGGUCUCUGUGUCAAGUGGCUCUGGGUUUGUGGUGUCUGAGGACGGCUGGAUUGUCACCAAUGCACACGUACUCACCAACAAGCAGAGGAUAAAAGUGGAGCUGAAAAGCGGUUUGCAGUAUGAUGCUGUAGUCAAGGAUGUGGACCAGAAGAUGGACAUCGCACUCAUCAAAAUUGAACCAGAUACUCCCCUGCCGGUGCUGCGUCUCGGCCAGUCCUCAGACCUGCGUCCUGGUGAAUUUGUGGUGGCGGUGGGAAGCCCUUUCUCUCUGCAGAACACCGUCACCACUGGCAUUAUCAGCACUGCUCAGCGCAACAGCCUGGAGCUGGGCUUCAAGGACUCUGACAUGGACUACAUCCAAACUGAUGCCAUGAUUAAUUACGGCAACUCUGGUGGACCACUUGUCAACUUGGAUGGAGAUGUAAUAGGCAUAAACACUCUGAAAGUGGCAGCAGGAAUCUCUUUUGCCAUUCCUGCAGACAAAAUAUACCAGUUCCUUACUGAAUCCUACAACAGACAAGUCAGUGGAAAUACUUCACAAAAAAAGAAAUACAUAGGCGUCCGGAUGCUGCAGCUCUCACCAUCUUUGAUCCGAGAGCUCAAGGAGCGGGGGGUCGAAUUUCCAGAUGUGAGCUCAGGGGUUUACAUUUAUGAGGUAAUACCUGGAACAGCUGCAUCCAGCGCAGGAAUAAUCGAUCAGGACGUCAUCAUUGGCAUCAACGGACAGCCUAUUCACACCACACAGGAAAUGAGUGAAGCUGUCCAGAGCGGUGCUGUGCUUUCAGUGGUGGUGAGACGAAAGGAUAAGGACAUUUCACUUACUCUUAUUCCAGAAGAGAUGGACUGAAAUCAAUGGCUUUAUAUAAAUAAAUAAAUGUACACAAUCAGCCACAACAUUAAAACCAGUAACAUCCAGAUGAAUGUUCGGGACGUUUCCCAGCACAACAUUGAAUUUUAACAAGAUGGUCAAUGUCAUUCACUUCAGUUCACAUUACAGCAUUAUGAUUUCAGGUUAAAUGAGUGUUUCCUCGCGUGAAGAGGGGCCGUCUAUCUGUUCAUGGCUGAUAUGACAAGAUCAAUUUCUCAGUUUUUUGAUGAGAACAGAGUUCCAUUCACCUUUACUGCAUUGGGAUGGAUGCACAAGUCCCACAGAUAUGUAUCUCCAAAUCUCAACAAAUAAAACCACAACUAUCUGCAUAGCUAGAUGAAAUGAAAGAUAAGAACAUUAUAUCUAAUUUGGGUGAAACAAUCCAUCAAAUGUUUACUGGUUAAUAUUGAGUGUUGUGUAAUUUUUUAAAUAAUGAAUGUAACUACUUCUGAUUGAAUAUCAGAGCUGGAUUUGUAUUAUCAUUCCAAAAGUUCAGAAUGAGUUUGAAGAGUUUUAUGAUUUCGCCUGCAAGUCACUGCAUAAGAGAUGCACUGGAAAGCCAGUCUAAGACUCAUGCUAUUAACUAUGACAACAGACUAUAUGACUCAUGGUUGUGUUCAAAUUUUAUGAAGUUAAUGCACACACAACACAGCUCUUAUUUUCAGUCCACAAACCUUGUAAAUAUAUAAAGUUUUUCUUCAAUAUAUGGCCAGUGAAUAUAUUAAAUCAAAUAUGUACCUGCUCCCUGGAGAGCAGUAUUGAUGCUGAGUGGAUUUCCCUAGUGAAAUCAAGUAAAUUGAAUUGUUUACAUUAUGAGCUGAUUAUUGUUAUUGUCAGCUGGCUAGUGUCAUUAAAUUGUUAUGUGCCAUGGUGGCAGAAUAUUGAAUGGCUGUUGCACAAAUCCCACUGCAAAAUAUUCACAUAGCAUAUAUAACACCACAACUUGUGGUGUUGUAUAUAAUAUUGUGAACAUGCUGACUACUUGUCAUUUGGCCAGUGUAAAUAUAUUGAAUCUCAGUGUGUGUAUGGCGGUAAAAGUAUAUGGAGAGUGUUUUUAGUACUAUAGUUGACAAUGCACUUAUUUUUUUGACACUGGUGAAUAUCAUCUGUGUACAUACCGGUACAUGUAAUAACAGUUUGGGAUACCGAUGAGUGAAAAAGUAAAGAAUAAGCCAGGUGUCUUAGUAAAGUGAUCAAAUAAAUGCUGUCAUUGUAAUUACA